UCGAGAAUUUUCCCGAGAAACAAACGGAAAAUCUAUCCAUGGCUCGCUCUUUCUCCGCCGUCAAGAUCGCGUCGGCUCUCGUCUCCGAUGGACUGUCCAACACUCUCUUCCGGCGUGGGUAUGCGGCGGUGGCACCACAAAGCGGUGCGGCGGCGAAAGGAGUUGCGGCAAGAAUUGGCGCCAAGACGGCAAAAAGUACAGAGAAGGAGUCGUGGGUCCCAGACCCCGUCACCGGCUACUACCGGCCGGAGAAUUGCGCCGCCGAGAUCGACGCCGUGGACCUCCGGGCUAUACUUCUGAAGGCGACAAGGAAGUAAAAAUGAGUUGAAAAGCUUGGAGUGAUGUCAAUGAGAGCCAAUUUUGGUUACAGCUGCUGGGCUAUUGACUAUUAUUUGAAAAGUUUCUAUAUAUAAUUUUUUAAAAUUAUUUCAUAAAAAUAAAUAAAAAAUUUGGUCGAUCAAGUAAAAAAUGCUUUGUUUAUGUCUCGAGUACUAAUCGCAGCUCGUAAUCAUUCAGUUAUGUUAAUCUUACAACCUUGUGAUUCUCGAUAACUAGUUGUAUCAUCUCGACUUGAAAUUUAUAAGAUGAAGAGGUUAUUUGUUGAUUUUAAU